AUGGAUUACAGCCACAGACACAUGGUGGUCCAUCGUGACCUGAAACCAGAGAAUGUCCUUCUUGAUGCCAACAAGAACACCAAGGUAGCCAACUUUGGUCUCUCAAACAUGAUGUCAGACGGGGAGUUCCUUCGAACCAGCUGUGGCUCCCCAAACUAUGCUGCUCCAGAGGUUAUCUCAGGCAGGUUAUACGCCGGCCCUGAGGUUGAUAUCUGGAGCUGCGGAGUCAUCCUGUACGCUCUCCUGUGCGGCACGCUGCCGUUCGAUGAUGACCACGUCCCCAGGCUCUUCAAGAAGAUCCGAGGAGGAGUCUUCUAUAUCCCUGAGUACCUGAACCGCUCAGUAGCAAACCUCCUAAUGCUGAUGCUGCAGGUGGACCCACUCAAGAGAGCCACCAUCAAAGACAUCAGGGAGGAGGAGUGGUUCAAGCAGGACCUGCCCAGUUACCUGUUCCCUGAGGAUGCGGCCUACAACACCGACGUGCUAGAUGAGGAGGCGGUGCGGGAGGUGUGCGAGAAGUUUGAGUGCACCGAGUCAGAGGUGAGCAGCAGCCUGUACAGCAGGGACCCCCAGGACCAGCUGUCCGUGGCGUACCACCUCAUCAUCGACAACCGCCGCAUCAUGAACCAGGCCAUCGAGUUUUACCUGGCCUCCAGCCCCCCCACCGGCUCCUUUAUGGAUGACAGCAUGCAGCUGCCCCCCGGCAUCAAGCCCCACCCGGAGCGCAUGCCCUCCCUCCUCGCGGACAGCCCCAUGGCACGCUGCCCCCUUGACGCCCUCAACACCACCAAGCCCAAACCCGUGACGGUCAAGAAGACCAAGUGGCACCUUGGCAUCCGUAGCCAGAGCAAGCCCUACGACAUCAUGGCAGAGGUGUACUGGGCCCUGAAACAGCUGGAGUACGACUGGAAGGUUCGUAGAUCAUCCUGCUGCUGUUGCUGCUGCUGCUGAUAUACAUAUGCACACAC